AUGACAAUCGAGUUUGUGGUAAACCUGGAAAAUCACAAGAGAAGAAUUUGGAGCAUCUGUUGGAGCCCUGAUGGAAAUUUCCUCGCGUCUGUAGGAGCAGACAAAUAUAUAACCAUAUGGGUUAAAACAAAUAAAGACAAAAUAAAAAAGUCAAGUGAAACGAGUAAAGUAUGGAAGAAAUUUAAAAUGUUUGGAGAAGGGUCACACAAAUCAGGCAGCAUAAAAUUUGAUAUAUAUGAUAUUAUAGAAACUAAUCACGAAAAGUCCUUGCGCCACAUUGAAUUUGCUCGAGAUGGAAGCUUCUUUGUUGUUGCAUCGUUUGAUUCGAAAUGUUCCAUUUAUAAAAAAAAUAAUAAUGACAAAUGGGUUUUUUACAAAUCUUUGGAGGGGCACGAAAAGGAGGUGAAGUGUGCCUCAAUUCACCCCACCAACAAGUAUAUAGUAACCUGCGGAAGGGACAAAAGCAUAUGGAUACACGCCAAGACAGAUGAUGUGAGUCAUAAGAACGACGAGCAGGGUGGAAGCGGGGCACACGGGGGUGAAGAUGAUGUAAACGAGGUGCAAAAUGAGGAACAAGUAAAAGAGGACACACAAAAUGCCGCGCACACGGAUACACAAUAUGGUGAUUCGGGGGAAAUUCAACCGAACACAGAACCCCAAAAAGCCAAUAACCACUUCGAUGUCGACUUCGACUUCAACUUUGAUGCUUACCUAACGGCGCAUUCCGAAGACAUAAAAUUCGUCUCCUGGUGCCCCCUUAGCGAAAACACAUUCAUCUCACUUUCAUAUGAUAACUCUUUAAAAAUUUGGAAUAAGCAGAUAAACGAAUGGAGUUGCAUACAGACUUUAAAUGAACACACAUCUGUGGUAUGGUGUGUUGCCUUCAAUUUUGAUGGCUCUGAAUUCGCUACCUGUUCAGAUGACAAAUCCAUAAGAAUAUGGAAGAGUGAAAAGAAGGUUUGGUACAACAAAAACAAGUACCCAUUUCUUUACGAGCAUAUAGUAAAGGACGCAAGGAAAUUAUCAAAUGAAGGCUCCUUAUACUCGCUUACGAAUAAGUCUAAUUACACAGUAGGGGAUAGUGCCAGUCCAGUGAAAAAGGCAUUGGCGAAUGAUAGCCGCGGGUUCAGUAACCAUUACAGUAAGAGUAGUGCACAUGGGAAAGGGUCCAACGAACGAAAUUUUCUUGAUAAAACAGCCAAACUGUUUCGCAAGAUAAGAAAACCGAUGAUGCACCAGGGGGGUGGUAAAACCUCCGAUGGUCCAUCCAAUUUCUCUCUAUUAGAUUAUUCAAAGGACGAGAAUGAGGUGAGGACGGCCUUGAAGGCAGUCGUGCAGAAUAAUUUCGUCCCACUUUAUUUCGACCAUGGCCUUUUCAAAUUUGUUUACAAGUACUCAGAGGUGGAAGGGGGGACAGGAGGAGUGUGUGCACAUCGUGGGGCUUUGGCUGAAAAGAGAGAGGAACAAGGAGGCGACCAAGAAAAGGAAUUCUCAAAAGGGCAAUCCUUGGAGAAAAACGAACCGGAAAACGAACCAGAAAACGAACCCAAGAAUGAAGCGAAAGACGACGAGUGCACUUCCAAGGUGUCCAAAGAUGGCAUAGAUCAAACCAACACACACGGUGAAGAUAUGGAGCACAAAGAUGAGGGGAACGAUGUAUCAAAAUUGAGCAACGAGGAAAAGACUAACAAACCGAGUGGAUACACCACCACGCAAGACGAACAACAAACCAGUAACCCAGUUUCAGAUUACAAAGUCUCCUCUAUGGACAUAAUUCCAAAUCUGAGUGACAAGGAGAAAGAUUUAAAUAAUAUAUCUUUCGAUGACUGGAAAAUAAAACAUGUGAUAGAAGGAUACCACAAGAGAAGCAUUAGCUACCUGGACUGGAAUGCUUAUGAAGAUUUAAUUGCAGCGUCUUCCUUUGACAACUCUUUGAAAAUAUUUCAGAAAAAUUCGGACACGUGGAAUUUGAUUGAGAAUAUCGAAAAUGCGCAUUUGAGUGACGUCAAUUGUGUUGUGUGGUGCCCACAAAAGUACCAGGACUAUUUUUUGCUGGCCACCGCCGGUGACGAUUGCGUCAUUAAUAUAUGGAAGUACACGAAGGGGUAA